ACGCUUUUGCGAGUUGGGGAGCGCACCGAGAUAAAGAUUCGGGCAUGGAAUCGGGGCCUUCCAUUUCGGCCGACUCGCCACCGCGGUCCGCCCGUCCGCCCCCGAUGCCAGCCCCCGACGACGAGGGUCGCCGGGAUACCCCGCCGUCAUCCGUCGGCGCGCGCGAGAUCAUGGACGUCGACCUCGACCUCGACCACCCGGACUCGUGGCCGUUCGAUCCGCUGGCACUCAUUGCCAGCCCGACGUCGUUCCCGUUCCCGUUCCCGUCGCCUCCCUCCCCUCUGUGGCUCUUCGAAGACAGAGCCUUCGAUGCAUCUGCUCUGAUUGCGGAUUGCCAGCGACUCCUCGCGGGAAAUUCUGAGACAACAAAUGGAAAUACCAAUCGACGUGACAACAAAACAGUGGAGGUUCAAUUGUUAGCAGAGGACGAUUCCAGUGCUCUGUACUUGAUGAAAGAGAGGAUGGCUCAGGCGCUUCGAUACCUCAAAGAGUCAACAGAUCAGCAUGUGCUUGUUCAGGUAUGGGCACCUGUGAGAAAUGGGAAUCGAUAUGUCCUUACGACUUCAGAACAACCAUUUGUUUUAGAUCCUCAGAGUACUGGACUCCUUCAAUACCGGACAGUGUCUUUGAGAUACAUCUUCUCAGUUGAUGGUGAUGGAGAUCUUGGCCUCCCUGGUCGUGUGUUUAGGCAGAAAAUGCCCGAAUGGACACCAAAUGUACAGUAUUACAGUAGCAAGGAGUACCCACGUCUUUGCCAUGCCCUCAAUUAUGAUGUACGGGGGACCUUGGCUUUGCCAGUUUUUGAACCUUCAGCUCAGUUUUGUGUUGGAGUAGUAGAGCUUAUAAUGACAUCACAAAAGGUUAAUUAUGCUGGAGAGGUUGACAAAGUUUGUAAAGCUCUUGAGGCAGUAAAUCUGAAAAGCUUUGAAAUUAUGAAGAAUCCAUCUGUUCAGAUAUGCAAUGAAGGUCGCCAAGCUGCUCUGGCUGAAAUAUUGCAAACCAUUGCUAUGGUCUGUGAAAAAUACAAAUUGCCUUUGGCUCAGACUUGGGUUCCAUGUAGGCAUCGAACUAUUCUUGCAGAUGGUGGUGGUUCAAAAAAGAGCUGCUCCAGCUUUGAUGGUAGUUGCAUGGGACAAGUUUGCAUGUCAACAACUGAUGUUGCCUUUCAUGUUAUUGAUGCACACUUGUGGGGAUUCAGGGAGGCUUGCGUAGAACAUCAUCUACAAAAGGGUCAAGGAGUUGCUGGCAUGUCAUUUGCGUUACGCAGGCCAUGUUUCUCUAAGGAUAUUACUCAGUUUUGUAAAAUUGAAUAUCCUCUUGUACACUAUGCUAGAAUGUUUAAACUGCGUAGCUGUUUUGCCAUAUGCUUACAGAGCAGUUACACGGGAAAUGAUGAUUAUUUGUUGGAGUUCUUUUUGCCACUAGAGUGCAAGACAUUUGGUGAGCAACAGGCUUUAUUAAAGUCAAUGAUAUCUUUGAUGACAAAAUGUUUUCACAGUUUGAGACCAAGCAUUGAUGUGGAACCACAAGAGGGAAAAGCCUUUGAUCUUGACGUGUUUGCUAUUGAAUAUCAAGAACUGGAACCUAAAUUCAUCAAUAUUGUGAGCUAUGAAGGUCGUCAUUCUGAAUCCUCUGAAAUUAAAUCAAACGAAGGGCUCGAUGAUCCAGUGCAUGAGGAAAACAAAGUUCCUGAAAUCUCGGAAGAACAUUUGACAGUAAAUGCUAAUGUUGGUAAGAAUGGCAACAUAGUUGUUGAUACAAUUGGUAGUGCCAGUUGUAGUUCUUCAUUGAUCAACAAGAAGAACAAACCACUUGAAAAAAGACGAGGAAAAGCUGAGAAAACAAUCAGCUUGGAGGUUCUUCAGCAGUAUUUUUGUGGGAGUUUGAAGGAUGCUGCAAAGAGCCUUGGUGUAUGUCCAACAACCAUGAAACGCAUCUGUAGGCAGCAUGGUAUCUCUCGUUGGCCAUCUCGAAAGAUCAACAAAGUUAACCGAUCUCUUUCCAAAUUAAAGCAAGUUAUUGAGUCAGUUCAAGGUGCAGAUUCAGCAUUUAAUUUGACCACUCUCACGGGUUCACUUCCUGUUGGUGUUGGAUCUACAACUUGGACUGCCAAUGUGGAUGAACUGAAACAGAGCAAAAUUACCAAAUCAUUGCACCUUAGUGAAAGAUGUAAAGAGACAUCUAUGCGUGGACCAUCCUAUACUGAAUAUCCAUCAACUGGUCUACGAGAAUCAGUUGACAGUCAUAGCAACAUACAACUUGAGCCUGGUAAGGAUAUCCCCUCUUCAAAAUCUAGAAGCUCUUCAGGGCAAGGGAGCACAAGCACACCUGCUUCUGAAGGUUCGUGCCAUGGAAGUCCGAUUAAUGAUACCCAUGAAUGUAAUCAAAUUGUUUCUUCCAGCUUAGAGGCUGGAACUAAACCUUCAUUAGAUGCCACCAAGCCAUGUGCUCGAGUUCCGAAUGCUUUCGUCCUUUGCUCAACAUCUGAUGCUAUUUUAAUGGAACCACAAGCCACAAUCGGUGGAAUUCUUAACGGGGAUUCUGGAAGCGCCAAAGAUCUAAACAUUAUAUGUGCUCCUACAAGGGAGGGUUGUCAUGAUGAAGAUGUGGCCCCUGUUCCAGCAAAACCUGUGCAAAUGCAAGAUCUGGUAACUGUGACCAUAAAGGCAAGUUACAAGGGGAACAUAAUAAGAUUUCGACUGCCAAGCACUGCUGGUGUUGUCAUAUUAAAAAAUGAAAUAUCGAAGAGACUGAAGAUGGAUGUCAGCAUGUUUGACAUCAAGUAUAUGGACGACGACCGUGAGUGGGUUACCCUGUCUUGUACUGCAGAUUUGGAAGAGUGCAUAGAACUUUCCCGACAAUCAGGUGGAAAUCCAAUCAGGUUAUUGGUCAGUGACCUGCAUUCCAACUUUGGAAGUUCUUGUGAGAGCUCACGUGGACGCUAAGGAAUUUCUAGCUCUACCUUGGAAGUUCGCUGUUGACUUUCCUUAUUUGUUAGCUUGCUACAUGUUGUCGAUAUUAAUUGAAUUGAUUAAGUUGCUUAACUGAAUUGCGCAACUACUACCUGUAUUUUGUUGUUUAUUAAGCGUAAUGCAGUGUAAUAGACAGUAAAUAUGUAUUAUGAAGCUGGAAUGUGAUUUCCUGA